AUGCCUCGUGACUUGAAGCAGCUUGCCAAAAUCCCGGAUUUGGUGGAGCAGUAUGUGGCAGCAUUUGGGAAAGAAGAAAAAAUGAAGAAGGUUGGCUUUACUUUCAUCACUGCCCACAGCAAGGGCCUGUUUGGUAAAGAUGAAGCGACUCUCCGGGAUUGCGACUUGAACCCUGAGGCAAUUUUUGCUGUGAUGAGUGUGAGUCCGCAUGAGCGGCUUUCAGAGAUGGUCUUGGCCCGUGCCAUUGCCAAGCACUACGAAGUCAGUAAGCUCAUUCCGCUUGGCAUAGGCAUGUCUGCUGUUGAGCAGCUGGCUGGCAAAAUGGCAUUUGGAUUGAGAAAGAUGGUCUCGCGAUUUCGACGCCGCUGGAAAGAAUCACCUGAUGCAGCGAAGCUCAAGGGUUUGACCCAUCUGAAGCAGCGGCUCAAGGAAAUGAACAUUGAGAUGUCUGCAGACAGCUCUGCCAGUGGCCAUGCUGAUUCAAUGGAUAGUGCCGCUGACCAAGUGGAAGAAUUGGGAAAUGCUUUGGCUGGUCCCGAUCACGAUUCCAAGCCUGCAAAGAACGGAAUCGAUUGGGUGGCCAUGGCUGCUAAGAUGCAAGCUCACAAGAAGUCAGCAAUGCCUGAGGCAGAGGUCCCUGCUCCACUGGAUGAUGUGCAGCCGCCUGUGAGAAUGGCAGCUGUCAAAGCUGCUCCAAUAGCUACACCAUGCCGGAACAAGUUGCCGGAAUUUGUUCUCACAGCCUUGGAAGAGGUCCAAGCACCAGCCCCAUUUGCGACUGUGACAUCGGACGAUGUGGAGCCAACUGGCAACCCUGCAGUUAAGAAAGCAGGUGACAAAAAGAAGAAUAAGAAAGGAAAGAAAAACCAAAAGAAGGGCAAGGGCAAGGUUGUCAUUGCCGGACCUGAAGAAGAAGAAGGCUUAGCGUUACUGCCACAGCAGGCGCCGUCAGAUCUAGCUGCUGGGCAUGAGGCUGCUCCUGCAGCAGCCGGGGCAGCGGCUCCAGCAGCUGACCAUGCAGUCGGUUACGUGGCUGGGGACUUCAACAGAAAGAGGCUGGAGUUCAUCAAGAAUUUCCGAGAGGAAAGCAACGUCAACUUCAAGAAGGCGAAUGAGGCAUGGAUGCGCUCUGAUGAGCGGGCGGACCUUUUGAAGACUGUGCCGCUGAGUGAGCUGAAGAAACGAAGGAGUGCGGGCACUCACCAACGUAGCAUCUUGUUUCCCUGCGGCAACAAGAAAUAUGGCUUCGUGAAGAACGGAAAUCGCCUCGCUUCAAGAUUUUCGCUGGUGAUGUGGUACAGCCUAGCCAUGGGCUGUGUGUUUCUGUUGGAGCAGCCACAUGGCAGCUUGUGUGAGCUGCACCCCAGGAUGGCACUUAUAUUGGCUGCACUUCAAAUCUUCAAAUGUGGGAUUUGGGGUGGCCUGUAUGCUUCAGACAGAAGCCAAGCAACGCCUAAGCGUCAUGUCCUUUACUCCAAUGACGAGAAUCUUUUGCGGGAGCUUUCUUUGGCUGCAGGUCAUAUGACAAAAGUAGACCUGGCUUCCUUUACUGGUGAGCCACUAGUGAAAAGGCAAAAGCGAGAAGGUGGAGGCGAAUCCUGGAGCGGUGUUCCAGGAGUGAUGACCAAUAGCCAGCUGGGGCCUUGGAAGAGUUUUUGGGUUGGAAGUUUCCGCACGCAUGCAAGAAACGUUUGGAACAUUUGA